CCUUUGUACAGUGCUGAACCGCAGCGAAAGGUUACAUAACCAGGAGAUGCCUGAGCCUUUUUUUUAAGGUAGUUGAUGAGAGAUAAUAUGAAGACCGCGUGUAAAGUGGGUGGGAGCCAGAGCUCCUGGGAACUGCGGAUGUAAAGGUUUUAACGAUAAGCAGGCGCGAAGUUGGUGUUUUUUUUCUAAUUCGAAGGGACGAGAUGCUCAACGUCGAAUAGGAAGACGAUGCGAUCACAUCAACUUCCUCUCUGACGGCUGGAUGGGGGCAUGUAAAAGGGUUUAUCCCUUUCAGUCAGUGUCUUUGGUGUACUGGAGCGGAGCACUUUAGUAAACAUUGGUCUGGUGUCUCACAGUUUCUGUCGUUUUCAAUUAGAGUGAGUCUGGUUUGGAAAGCUAGCAUUCGGAGCUGGUAUUACACGCUGUGCAUCUAAUACCAUGCUCUGCAACCGAAAGGAAGGGACACACUGAGUUGUUUUUUUAUCGUUUGAUUCGUUUUGCUGUCGUUUGGGGGACCUGCUUGGCGGCCAGUUGGCACUUGGGCAAUGCCAUGGUGGGUUCCCACACUCGGCAUGGUGUCCCUGGCCGUGCUGUACCUGGCGGCCAGGCUGUAUUUCGGCUGGAGUUUGACCGAGAGGUGUUUGCUGAAGGGAGCCCGGAGCCUGGGGGACACUGAUGUGCCGAGGCUGGUCUACAAACCCUCCGCCCUGGCCAAGUACCUGCUCAGGAGCUGCCUGAGCUUCAGCUCGGGGGCGCCGCGCCGCUGUACCUGGAGCAAGCUGCCCCACCUGCAAACUCUCUGGAAUGUGUUCUGGCCCCCGGGCACCGCCGUCCACUUCGUCCGGGAUUACCUGCAGUUGGCCGACGAGGGUCUGGUGGCACUGGACUGGGCGGUGCCCACCACCUCGGGCAGGAGAAGAGCCUCCAGCAACUCGCCGGCGCCCAUCGUCCUCGUCAUCCCCAACUCCUUCGGCAAGAUCACCAGGAACGUGGUGGAGCUAUGUGCCUCAGCCCUGGAUUAUGGCCACCGUCCAGUGAUUUUUAAUAGAAGGUGCCAGAAUGGAAGUCUUUUAACUACAUUGAAGCUGCAACAGUUUGGUGAUCCAUCUGAUCUGAGGGAAGCAGUCAGAUACAUUCGAUACAAGCAUCCAAAUGCCAGACUUUUCACUGUAAGUGAGAGCACAGGAGCUGGGCUUUUGCUCUCUUAUCUUGGAGAGUGUGGAUCUUCCAGUUAUGUGACAUCUGCAGCCUGCAUCUCACCUGUCUUCAGGUAUCAGGAAUGGUUUGAAAUAGGACUGCCUUGGCUUUAUCAAUGGUUUGUACUCCUUUACCAAAAAACCUGGCUCAGCAGGUAUGCCACUGCACUGGGAGAGAUCAUUGACAUGGAUAAGUUGUUUGCCACACGUACUUUCAAGGAGAUGGAAGAGGUACUGUUCUGUCACACAAAGAAGAGCAACCUAUCCUGGGAUUUGUAUUGGGAGAAGAAUGAUCCAUUACGAGAUGUGGAUGAGGUUGCUGUGCCAGUGCUGUGUAUUUGCAGCCAGGAUGAUCCAUGCAGAGGGGACCCAGACUUGACCCUGCCGUUUGAGCUUUUCGAAACUAACCCCCAUUUUUUCCUAUUGUUAACUAAACAUGGUGGCCAUUGCGGCUUCUUGAAGAGCAGGUCCUCUGCAUGGAGUCAUGAGGUAUUACUCGAGUAUUUUAAAUCUGUCAGUGAGUUCUUCAUGACUGAGGAAAGGACAAAAAGCUUUUCAAAAAGAAAAUGUGCGGGAUCUGGAAAUUCCAUGUCUUAUAAAUGUGGCAGAGGCAACAGCUUCAAAACAGAUUCAUUUUGCUCUCACAACAUCCAUGAUAUUUUCAACUGGCAGCGGUCCUAUACCAGGUGAUUAAAAACUAGAACCACACAGGAAAUGAUUGCUCUUAAUAACCUCAAAUGGCAAAGUGAUGCAGCCCUUUUUGAUGUGGAUCAUUAAGUGAAAUGUCACUGGCCUAGAUAAGGGUUCAGCGUUUCAUUUUUUCAUUGGGUUCAUAUUUGUUGAGGUUUGAACAUCUCAUUAAUUUCCAGGCAGCUAGAAAAAGCAUUUUUGGACUAAUGAAAAUGGACCUACAUACCUUAAUGGUAAAGAGUCCCCAUUAUUAUAAGUUACAAAUUAAUUUUAAAAAGUGUUAAAAUGUCUCACAUUGGGACCUGCCAAUGUGUUUGAGUCUUAUAGGAAAUCUUAUAUCACAGAGAAGAACUAAGUAAAGUUUGCUAAUUCAAAUGGAGCUAUGUUAACUGUUUGUUAUAAUCAAACUGGAUUUUUAAACUCUGUGGAAACACUUUAGUCAACGAUUAAUCUCUUAUGCUUUUGAGAAACUUCAAAUAACAAGCCAAAAUGCAAAGGGCAAGUUAGGCUUAGCUUCUGUAUUAUCUCCAACCUAUUUAUUAAAACAAAAGUAACAGUAAGGAUACUGAUUACUGUUUCAUAAUUCAGUGUGGUUGGAACAAAUGUUUUUGGUGGUGUAUAUUUUGUAAGUUCAAGAUUGCAUUUGAUGUCAGCUGAUACAAAGAGUUAAUGUGGAGAAGUUUAGUGUUAAAAUAUGUAAACUGCCAACGGUGCAACUUGAAAAAUGGUGUUUUACAGGCGUAUUCAGUCAAAGUGAUGGAUGUCUUGUUUUAUAUAUCUGUGGUUUUAUAUUUAUUGUAUCUAUUCAAUGUGCCUGAGCAGUAAUCUGCUCCUAGACAUGAAACCUACCCAUUUUGCACCCCAACCCCCUUUACAGGAAGUCUCAUUUAUCUUCUAGCUUUUAAUUUUGAAAUAAAAUAUUCAAUAUCACCAAUGUUCUCUCAAUAACUGUGUAAGAAGCAGAUGGAGUGCAUUGUGUAACAGGCACAAAGUGCUCAAGUAGUUUCAGAUUAAAGGAUAAGUGGCAAUAUUCUUCAUUUCAGUUUGGAGAUUGUGACUAACUUGCAAUUAAAAUUGUAAAAAGAUAUUUUUUUUAAAAUGACAGAUAUGAAAGGUAUAUAUAUAUAUUUUAAAGUUUGGAGCAACAACCACAUCCAGCAGCAAACUGUCCAAAGCCUGUUUGUAUUCCACGUUGGAUAGUUAUCCCUGUUUAACUUGGAUUCAUUAAAUAGGAUUCCCCAUUGAGCUUUCCCAUUAUAACUGAGAGUGUGCCUUUGUACCUGUUCUUUCUAAACUGGCAUCAGUUGGUUGGAUGCUGUUAUUAUACAUCUGAAGCAAAGCUUAUAAAAGCUCAAAGCUUAUCAAAUUCUAGUAUACAGUCAGUACUACUGUUGCUUUCUGUCAUGCUGCCAAGUUAUUAAGUGUAUUUAAGGCACUUAAUACACUGUCCUGUUUAGUAUGAGAAUCAAGGGUUACAGGGAGAAGGCAAGAGAAUAUGAUUGAGAAACAUAUCAACCAUAAUUGAAUGGUGGAGCAGACUCGGUGGGCUGAAUGGUAUCAUUCUGGGCCUAUGUCUUAUGGUCCCUCUGUUAUUUCAGUCAUUUGAUCAUAGCUAAGUACAUUUCCUCUACCUAAUCACAAGUUAAUUGUAGCAUGUAGAAAUGGCCUCCUGCCUUCACAGCAAAAAUGUUCUGCCUCAUCUCAGUACUGUGCUCCCCUGAGCUUCUUCCAAAGUCGUUUGUUAAUCAUUUUAAAGUAUUCUAAUAACUUAAUGUAAUGUUGUGAAAUCUUUUCUAUCUUUGAUAAGUGUCCAUGGUUACUAAGCCAU